AUGGGCUCCAUAUCGCAAGAAGAUUAUCAAAACUCCUCAUCUCCAAUCCCCAUCGUCGACUUCGCAGAAUGGUACAAAGCAACCUCUCCCUCCGAAAAACUCUCCGUGGCAAAAAAAUUGAUCUCAGCAUGUCAAGACCCAGGAUUCGUCUACAUAAUCAACCACGGCGUGUCUGAAGAUCUGCUCUCCGAAGCCUUCAGCGUCGCGAAGAAACUUUUCGAUCUGCCUAUGGAGGACAAGAUGAAAGCCCCUCAUCCCGACGGUCCGGAUAUUCAUCGUGGGUAUUCGCGUCCGGGUUUGGAGAAAGUGACGCAGUAUAUGGAUGGUGAUGAGACAGUUGGGGAGGCGUUGAGGGCAGUGGUGGAUGUGAAGGAGAGUUAUGAGAUUGGGAGUGAGGAGUGUGAGAAUCAGUACAAUGUUUGGUUGCCGGAGGAUGUAUAUCCAGGGUUUCGAGAAUUUACGACGAAAUUCUUCUGGCACUGCAAUGAAGCUGCUCAAGAGAUUUUGCGAGCGAUAGCUGUGGGAUUGGAAUUGGGGGACGAUGAGUUUUUGGUCAAGUAUCACUCUGGACAUAAUAAUCAGCUUAGAUUAUUACAUUAUCCUCCUGUGCCGGCCGAUGAUCUGGAACAGGGGAAAGCGGCGAGGAUCUCUGCGCAUACGGAUUGGGGAAGUAUCACAAUGUUGUUCCAGGAUGGUUGUGGUGGACUUGAGGUGGAAGAUAAGGACGGAAAGUUUGUGCCCGCGACACCGAUUCCAGGAGCCUGUGUGAUGAAUGUGGGUGAUCUGCUUAUGCGGUGGAGCAACGAUAAGUUGAAGUCGACUUUGCAUCGUGUGACGCUUCCGCCAUCGUCGGAUAGCUAUGAUACUAGUUCUGGGAAGAGGAUGACGAAGGCGAGGUAUUCGAUUCCUUAUUUUGUGAGCCCGGAUGCCUUCGCGAGGAUAGAGUGUUUGCCGGCUUGUGUUGAUGAGAAGCAUCCAGUCAAGUAUGAGCCGAUUGUGCAGGAUGACUACAGAAAGAUGAGGGCGAAGGUGCAGUAUAAGAAGACUGAUACGGAUACUGGUGCGACGCCUGUUGCGGUGGCUGGCUAG